UCACUACUGGCUGCCAGAGGAGUCAUGGCAGAGUUAAAGGACCAGACAGGAGUCUCCCAGGAGGACCUGCCACUACCUGAUGAUUACCCUGAACCACAUGUGGAGGACGGAGCAGUGCUGAAUGGAGAGGCAGAGUGGGACGCUUCUAGUACCACAGGGGAAAGCACCAAAGAUCAGGCUGUAAAAAGCAGCCCGAACUUGCUGCAGAUGCUCAAGGCAGCAGAGAGCAGGUGGACUCCUCAGGGUCGGGACAGAGACGGGACAGAGGCGUCUGGGACAGGAGAGCUGGUUACUGAAGCUCUAAAGACUGACAUGCAAAUACAGUUCACUGACCAGAAGCAAGAAUUCAACAAACGUCCCACCAAGACAGGUCGACGCUCUCUAUCUCGCUCCAUCUCACAGUCGUCCACAGAUAGCUACAGUUCAGUGUGCAGUGACAGCUCUGAGGAUGAAUCUUCUCCCAAAGACAAGCUUCAGAAGACCUCCAAGGGCCUUUCCGACUUCUGCAUCAAAAACAUCAAGCAGGCUGAUUUCGGACGCAGAGAAAUAGAAAUCGCAGAGCAAGAGAUGCCAGCACUGAUGGUGCUGAGGAAAAGAGCAGGUGGGGAGAAACCUCUGGCUGGAGCCAAGGUUGUGGGCUGCACACACAUCACUGCACAGACAGCGGUGUUGAUUGAGACUCUGUGUGCGUUGGGGGCUCAGUGUCGCUGGGCAGCCUGUAACAUCUUCUCCACUCAGAACGCUGUUGCAGCUGCUCUGGCUGAAGGAGGCACCUCAGUGUUUGCGUGGAGAGGAGAAUCAGAGGACGACUUCUGGUGGUGCAUCGACCAAUGUGUCGGUGCCGAGACCUGGCAGCCCAACAUGAUUCUGGAUGACGGUGGUGACCUGACCCACUGGAUCUAUAAGAAGUACCCGAGUCUGUUCAAGAAGAUCAAAGGCAUCGUGGAGGAAAGCGUUACAGGCGUCUAUCGGUUGUACCAGCUGUCAAAGGCGGGCAGACUGUGUGUCCCGGCAAUGAACGUUAAUGACUCAGUGACCAAGCAGAAAUUUGACAACCUCUACUGCUGCAAGGAGUCCAUACUGGAUGGGUUGAAGCGAACCACUGACGUCAUGUUUGGAGGAAAACAGGUGGUAGUGUGUGGAUAUGGUGAGGUUGGAAAAGGUUGCUGCGCUGCCCUGAAAGCACUGGGUGCUGUUGUAUACGUUACAGAAGUGGAUCCCAUUUGUGCCCUUCAGGCUUGCAUGGAUGGCUUCAGACUGAUUAAACUGAGUGAGGUGGUCAGGCAGGUAGACAUGGUCAUCACCUGCACAGGCAACAAAAAUGUGGUGGGGAGGGAACAUCUGGACAGAAUGAAGAACGGCUGCAUAGUUUGCAACAUGGGUCAUUCCAACACUGAGAUAGAUUUGGUGAGUCUGCGGACCUCAGAGCUGAGGUGGGAGCGUGUGAGGCCUCAGGUGGACCACGUUAUCUGGCCUGAUGGCAAGAGAAUUGUCCUGCUGGCUGAGGGCCGUUUGCUGAAUCUAAGCUGCUCCACAGUGCCAUCAUUUGUCCUCUCCAUCACUGCCACAACUCAGGCCCUGGCUCUCAUAGAGCUGUACAACGCUCCUGAGGGACGAUACAAACAUGACGUCUACCUGCUGCCAAAGAAGAUGGAUGAAUAUGUGGCCAGUCUUCACCUGCCCACAUUUGACGCUCACCUCACAGAACUGACUGAUGAUCAGGCCAAGUACCUGGGCAUCAGCAAAAACGGGCCCUUCAAACCCAACUACUACAGGUAUUAACCUGUGGACAUAAAAGCUGGAGGACAGCAGCUCCUCAGAUAUGCUGUGGUGGAUUUUAGAUCUGCAAACAGAGCACUGACGCCCUCUACAGUCUGAAGAUCACUCAGAUACAAUGUUGUGAAAGAGCAGAUGAAGACUGCAAUCUACUUUUGUUCACUUAUGUUUUUCUUUUUUUUUUUUUUGUGCAUGUGCAGUUGCAUCUGUUUCUGGUUAUGAAUGUUCACAGUGUCCAGGUAAAUACAAAGAACUGACUGUUUUAUUAUUUACUCUUCUGUUAAAAAACAAAACAAAAAUUAAAAAAAAACAACAACACACCAUUUAUAAACUGGAGCAGCUGUCACUUACAUAUAUUUAAUCAACCACUUGUAAACUAUAAAUUGCGG